AUGUUCAGUCCUCAGUAUCGGAAAAGAGGCAUUCGCGAGACGACCUGCGCGGCAACAGGGACUAUAUGUCGCAACACUACGACUAAUCUCAGGAUCGAUGACCAUACAUUUCAAUCGCUAUAUUGCCAGUUCCAUGCCUGUAGACAGAUCGAAGCAGGCCGAGCAUGCGCAGUCGCGAAACCACCAAGUGCUAUAGUGUGCAGUCAACAUAGUCGAUGCCAGGCUGUCGAUAACGGGAUGGGAUGUGCCCUAGACGUCAAGGACGGGAAUGCGGCCAUGCAUAAAUACUGUAUGCAGCUCCAUUUAUGCGGAUUUCCGGAAUGCGAGAACGAAAGAUCAAAACGAAAUGAGCAAUACAUACCAUUCUGUGUUGAUCACCGAUGCGAACAGGACAACUGUCGUAACUACAAAGACGUUGGAAUAUUUUGUAUUGACUUGGAUGACCCGCAGAGGUUCUGCGACCGUCAUCGUCAAUGCGAAAAACCUCAGUGCCCACGUCUCUGUCAUACCCGUGAUAACGGUCAACCCUCGCCAUUCUGUGGCGCACAUUAUUGUCAGGCACCUGACUGCGAAGACGGUCGUGAAGCAGGGUUGUUCUGCCCCGCGCACACUUGUGCUGAACUAGGUUGUCUGAAGGGUAGGGAAUCUUUCAAGACUGAGUACUGCAAAAGUCACAAGUGCAAGACAAAACACUGCCGGCUGAGGAGAUUGGACAGUGGUUAUUGUCCAUACCAUGAGUGCGUGUAUGAUGGUUGUGGAGCUGAGGUGGUGGAGGGCCGACUUUGCGAAGCCCACCGACGGCGCAUGAAGUCGAGCUUUGGAAGAAGGCUUUCAACUCAAGGGAUGGGAUACGCUAUGCAUGGAGAUGAAGAGGAUGUGGCCGAAGAGUUGAACAUGGCAAUCAGUUCUGUCAACACCAUAUGUGUCAGAUCCACAAUUGCCAGGCUCCAAGGACUAGAUCAUCCGACUUCUGCAUCGAUCACGGGUGCCCUGCAGUGGGAUGUCAUGAACCCAGGCAGAUACAACCCCAAGAGUGGCUUCGAGGCGACACCGAAGGGGUGUUCUGUGAAGAGCAUGCUUGUAGCCAUGUUGGUUGUCAAAACCAAAACGCUGAAGAUUCAAAUCGAUGCCUGCGGCACGGAGGAGGCCACGUGCCAAGAUUUGGACCAAGGAUGGACCAAGAAGAUGAGAGGCUAA